UCUGGCUGCCACUGAGCUUUAAAGGCCCUUGAUUAAUUGCACCGGAGUGAAAGAGCUGUCAGCUCGUUGUUUUCCCAAUAAAUGAGAGGCUCCCGAGAGCUGCGCGCCGCUUGAAGGUGAGGCGCUGCUUUAUAUAGAUUUUAAUGCGGAGGGAGCGGAGCUGCGCAGUCAGAGCGCAGAGCAGAGAGCGGUGAGCAGCGACUGCAUGUCCACAACCAAAACUCCUCACACGCUUAGGCUGAAGGUCCGGCGCUGAUCACGCAUGGAGCCGCAGCCUGACAGCCCCGCUUGCAGCCCCAGUCCCAGCACCAGUCCGGAGCCCUCUGACCGCCGGCGCUCCAGAGGGGUUCCAGGUCCCGGACUCGCGGGUAGGGGGCGGCCGGCCGCCGCCAACGCAGCGCGCGAGAGGAGCCGCGUUCAGACGCUCCGCCACGCCUUCCUGGAGCUGCAGAGGACUUUACCGUCCGUUCCGCCGGACACCAAACUGUCCAAGCUGGACGUGCUGAUCCUGGCCACCACAUACAUCGCCCAUCUAACCAGAACCCUACAGGAGGAGGGCGAGGAGGACGGGGACGCAGGGAAACACACAGCCGAGGCGUUCAGGCCUCUCAAAGGGGACGGGUACCUUCAUCCUGUGAAAAAAUGGCCCAUGCGCUCGAGGCUCUACAUCGGCGCCACCGGUCAGUUCCUGAGUAACUCAGGCCACAGUGAAAACCAAGGAGCAUCUUCAUCAUCUCAUUCAUAAAACCAUUUGCACAGGAGACUUUAUUGAGGGAAAAUGAAGGCUUAAAUUAUUAUUAUUGUUAUUAUUAUUAUUAAUUUUAUUACAGGAUUUGCAGAUGAGCAAAAACGCCACGGGCCAAUGGGGCUGGGAAUGCCCACCACCACUUCACAGCUCUAAAAUUGAACCCAUCACCACUCUUUCUAUUUGAACAUGAACAAGAUCUUUCUUUUACCAUUUCACAGGUUUCACACUCAAAUGAGAAACCAGUGGGAAUAAAUUAAAGACUGAAUGGCGUUUUAUUUUGCUGACUGUUUUUCAGCGUAUACGGGGCGUGCACAUUAAACUAUAAUAUCCGAAUUCUUUUCAAAACUGUACAUAACGUUUAGUAAAAUAUUUGAUAUUUGUUUUUUUUUCUCUUCCCCAAACAUGUGGGUUUCUGAUCGGGGUUUGUGUGUCUUGUUGGGGGUUAUGGUGGGUUGCUAAACUGUGUUUUUGGGCUAAUGAGCUGUCAUGCUUGACUUGUUGGCUGUGCACUUUCAGUUCAAAUAUUUGCACUAAAUGCAUGUGUGUGAACAGCAUCACAUUCGUCAUGUGAAGUGGUGUGUCAGAGACUCGACAAUAGCAGGUCCAGUAGGAGCUCAGCUUCUUCUGCUCUUUACCCUCCUUUUCUUUCUUUCCUCCCUCCUUCCUUUUCACGUCAUUUGUUGUCGGUGUUGUUGUGAAUUGUAAAGUGAGAUAAAUAAAAAAAUACCACAUUUG